ACUCGUCAUUCCGAAACAGCCGUUCCGCCAGGGAGAUACUCUCUCCUCUCCCAGUUGUAGUUACCAUUUUGCCUCUCUCUGUACCCCUAGUCUCAAGGGCUGAAUAAUCGUUUCAUGGACGCCGCCGGAAAAGUGAAGAAGGGCGCUGGAGGAAGAAAGGGCGGCGGCCCGAAGAAGAAGCCUGUUUCCAGGUCUGUCAGGGCUGGUCUGCAGUUCCCUGUUGGUAGAAUCGGACGUUACUUAAAGAAAGGACGGUAUGCCCAGCGGGUUGGCACCGGAGCUCCGGUUUACAUGGCUGCCGUUCUCGAGUAUUUAGCUGCUGAGGUACUGGAGUUGGCUGGAAACGCGGCGCGAGAUAACAAGAAGAACAGGAUUAUACCGAGGCAUGUGCUCUUGGCUGUGAGGAACGACGAGGAGCUUGGGAAGCUGCUGCAGGGUGUGACCAUUGCUCAUGGUGGUGUGCUUCCGAACAUCAAUCCGGUGCUGUUGCCGAAGAAAACAGGGGGAGAUAAGGCUACCAAGGAGCCCAAGUCGCCGUCCAAGGCUGGCAAGUCACCGAAGGCGGCUGCUUCUUAGUUACAAAUGGAUGUGAAUCACAAAGCUUUUAUCUCUUUUGUGUAAUUUUUGGCUUAAAUAGACUGCUCUCAGUAGAUUCAAAUGGGUGUGGCUUAGAGAGACUGCUCUCAGUAGAUUUGGAAGGAAAGAGAAAUGUAAGGUUGUAAUUCUGUGUUUAGGGCCAAUGUGGAGUGUGAAUCCAGUUGAUUAAACCACA